AUGAGUCGUGGAAGCUCCGAGAAUACUCUCAAGUCCGAGGGCGACCAUCCAGGGGAUCACAACGGUGAAGAAAUCCCUGGAGACGAGCACGAAAAGCAGGAUAACCAAGUACCCGGAGGAAGCAACCGUGAUGAAGAGCGGAAUUCUGGGGAUGACGUUCCUUUACCUGUCGGCUUGUUCCACCCAUCGUUAAGAAAUGUGUGGAAGCAGGCUGCAAAGAAAUGGUCCCUAACGGUUAUGAUCCUCUUCUGCUACAUUCUCUGUGUGCUUUCGCUCUACUGGGCCGUCUUGUUCCACGUCCCACAGAACUUGGAGGCGUUGACUGUCGCCGUCGUCAGUUUCGAUGGUACGGGCUCCUAUACAGGAAUCGAACCUCUUGUUGGACCUGUGGUCGAACAGGCUGCACGAGAGCAGGCGGCACUUCCUGCCUACGCGUUGGGCUACAGAAUCGAAUCUCCGGAAAAGUACGGCGGCGACCCCUUGGCUGUACGACAAGCCGUGUAUGACGAACACAUUUGGGCGGCAAUCAUCGUCAGUGCCAAUGCAACAGCUCUUCUACAAGAGGCGGUUGCCACAGGAAAUGCGAGUUACGAGCCACUGGGCGCAGGACAAAUAAUUGUCAACUCAGCAAGAGAUGAGACAACAUAUGGCAAUUACAUCGAUCCGCAGUUGUUCGAGCUUGCCAUCGACUUGCCAGCCAGGUUCGGAGAGCAGUGGAUCCGAAAUGUUCUUUCCAACAGCUCCCUCGACCCUGCAACGUAUUCUCGCGCACCACAGGCUUUGAACCCAGCCAUUGGUUUCUCCUUGAUCGACCUCCGCCCUUUCCAGCCUCAACAAGCCACACCAGCAGUAACCAUAGGGUUGAUCUAUUUGAUCAUCAUCGCCUUCUUCUCCUUCUCCUUCUUCUUGCCGGUAUAUACCCAGUUUCUCAUACCGAAGGGCCACCCGCCGUUGCAUUUCUGGGAACUGGUCCUCGUGCGCCUCUUCAUGACGACUGCAGCGUAUUUGCUCAUGUCGCUAGCUUAUUCGCUUGUGUCGCUGGCAUUUCUCAUUCCCUUCUCGAACAAUUAUCCGCACAACGACGUCACGAUGGCGAAGAACCCGGAUGCUUUCGGCCAGGGCACAUUUGUGGUGUAUUGGAUGCUGAAUUGGGUCGGUAUGUAUGCGCUUGGCUUGGCCAGCGAAAACGUCACCAUGGUCAUUGGCCAGCCGUGGACUGCAUUUUGGCUGAUUUUUUGGGUCAUAUCCAACGUCUCAACAUCCUUCUAUGCCAUUCCGCUGGCUCCAGGAUUUUUCAAAUUCGGCUACGCCUGGCCGUUGUACCACAUCGUCAACGCCAGCCGCACGAUCCUCUUCGACACAUAUAGUCGGAUUGGACUGAACUUUGGCGUCCUCUUUGCGUGGUGUGCGGUCAACACGGUCUUGUUCCCAUUCUGUUGUGUCUACAUGCGCUACAAGACGAAUAAGGAGAUGAUGCGCAAGGUUCCCAGACGGAAGAUCCAGUAUCUUGUCGAUGGAUAG